AUUAUAUCCGCAUAUUGGCAUGUUUCAGGUCACUGCAGAAGUCAUUACAUCAAAUGGUGAUACCGUCACAGCAUCCAGCCAACCAUGCAUGCUUAGGUUCAAUAGUCUCCCAGUCCGACUAAUGCGAACAUUCAUAAUGGGCAUUCCUCUCUUAAUUGGCAUGCGCAGUGAGAGCCAACAGAUAGCAUUCGAAAUACUAAGAUACAAAGAAACCACUCAGAAGCCAACGGAAGGAAUACGAGUUCGGCUAAAACCAAGAUCAGGAACCUUCAAUCUCCCCCAAAUAUAUGAAGCUGAGAUCUUAAUAAAUUCACAGCUCCCUCGCAGAAAAGAGAUCGUCUACAACUGGAAAUGGACCUUUUAUGUUUGGAUUUCCUUGUAUGUGUACAUAAUGCUUCUCAUAGUUCUAGUGUGCUUUCUCAAGCCAUUUUCUUAUCAGAGUAGAAGUAGUAGUAAUUACCAACUGGAUCAGCCUGUUGAUCGUCAAAUAAUGGAAAGGGGCGAGCAAUCUACAACCCAUACUGAUCUUUCCAAUGCUUUGAGGAAAUGGCGGGAACGGAGCAAGAGAAAAGGGCAAUAUUCGAGAGUGCAAGAGAGUGAGAUGAAUGAGGGAUCGACAUCGAGCAUUACUGGUGCAGAUAUGAGCGAGGUGAUUGAGGAUUCUGGAGAGUUUGCAGCUUCUGAAUCUUCAGAGUGUGUAGGGGGGUGAGUUUAAUUUGUGUUUUUGUUUGGUUUUGCUUGUUUGUACUGUUAUUUGGAUGUUAAGCCUCUGGACUAAAGACUGAUGUUUUUUGUUGCAUGAUAGUCCAUAAAAGUAUUCUGUUUGGC